AUGCGAGGCGGGGACGCGGCGCGAGGCCCCCUGGGGGGCGGAGAGACGAGCCGCAGGGGGGACACGCCUGCGCCCGGUGGCGUGGUCGCUGGAGCGGAUCGCGAAAUCUCUGAGGCCGCGGUGCCGGGAGCCAAAUGCGGAGUAGAAAUGAGCGACACGGGCUUUGCGCGCCAAGCCGGGGUUUCGCCGGCGGCCCGGCAGGCGCCAGCAGAAGACCUUGAGCAAGCGCAGAGCUCCCCAGACGCGGACACAGAUGAACAGCCUUCGCCCUCAGACGAUGGAGACGCGCUGGCGCCUCGCCGGCGGCAACUGCCGCCCUGUCGAACACUUGGCGUCUCCUGGACCGACGUCACAUUCGAGACACGGAUGGCAAGGCGGCGGCCGGGGCUCUUCGGCGUCCCCCCCUUCUCAGACUGCCUGAACGCCUUUGACGCCCUCAGCAGACGCGGUUCUCUGAAGACGAUCCUCAGCGGCGUCAGCGGCGAAGUUCACCCCGGCGAUAUGGUUGCUUUGAUGGGCACCAGCGGCGCAGGCAAAUCGACGUUGCUGAACAUUUUGAGUCGAUAUCUGCGGGAGACCUCGGGGCAGGUGAAGUAUGGGGGCUCGCCGAUCGACUUGAAGGCAGCCAAGAAGCUGUCCUGCCUGAUUCAGCAGGAAGAUCUCUUCAACGGAUUCAUCACUGUCCGCGAGCACCUCUACUGCAUGGCGCGCCUGCGCACCAACGUGAAGAAGGACGAACUCGACGCGUUCAUCACGCAUAUUCUCGUCACCUUCGGCCUCUCUAAGAUCGCGGACUCGUGCAUCGGAAACCUUCAGAUGGGAGCCAAACGAGGGAUUAGCGGGGGCGAGAAGAAGCGCUUGAGCAUCGCGACAGAGAUUUUAACGAAUCCGUCCAUCAUCUUCGCGGACGAGCCGACGACCGGGCUCGACUCGUUCAUCGCAGAAUCGGUCAUGAGCGUUUUUGAGUACCUCGCGCAGAACGGUCGCUCGAUUAUCUGCACCAUUCACCAACCGAGUACGCACGUCUUUGACAAGUUCAACAAAGUCAUGCUGCUGGCGGAGGGUCGCGUUGUCUUCUUCGGCGACCGGCUCGCGCUGCCGGUCUACCUCGCGCGCCUGGGAAAGCACAUUCCGCCCUACACGAGCGUCUCGGAUUUCAUCAUCGAUGUGCUGUCCUCCAGCGACGGCGAGCAAGCGACCCUCGAACUCGCCAAACAGAUGGAGGCGGCCUGGAAGCAGACGGGUGAACCUUUCAUGCGCGACUGGAACGAGUCGCUGCGCGAGAAGUACCUGCUGAAGCUUCAUUCCGAAGGUUUGGCGGACAAACUCGGAUCUAUCAAGAGCGAAGUCGUGCGGGCGGCAACGCGGAAAGAAGGCCAGGAGGCGCAGUUUGUGGAAGACCAGACGCCUCUGAAGCAGGAGGAAGUACCGGCUCCAGUGCGCAUCAGCUGGUGGACGCAGUUCACAGUCCUGCUUCACCGGUGCGCGCUGGCGAACAAGCGGAAUCCGCAGAUCUUGCAAGCCCGCAUCGGUCAGACGCUCGUUUCGGCUCUGCUUCUAGGCUUCAUUUUCUUCCGCCUCGAGAAAGACGUCGCGGUUUCGAAAAACGGCGCAGCGAACUUCAUCAAUUUGAAUCAGGGCAUGACGGGGCUCGUGGCAGUUCUCCAGACCUUCACCAAUGACAAAAUGGUCGCCGUGCGAGAGUACCGCGCAGGGACUUACGGGCUCGUUCCGUACUUCCUUGCGAAAACAACUUCAGACAUCUUAUUUCAGGUUUUCAACCCCGUCGUCUUCCUCACCAUCGUCUGGUUCAUGAUGGGGCUGAACGACUCGGCGUCGCGCUGGCUGCUGGGAGUCGCGUUCAUUUUCCUGCAAACGAACGCCUCGAUCUCGCUCGGCUACUUGAUUUCCUGUCUGUGCCCUAACACCGAGCUCGCCCUCGCCGUCAUGCCGCUUGUGAUGAUGCCGCUCAUCCUCGUCGCGGGCUUCAUGAUCAUUCUGGACACGCUUCCCAGAUUCUGGGUGUGGGUGCCGUACAUCUCGCCGUUCCGAUGGGCGUUCUCCGGCGUGAUGCACGCGAUAUGGAAGGACGUGGAGCUCCCACCUUGUCCCGACGGUUUGCGGCCUCCGUCUUGCUACGAGUCCGGAGCUGAGGUGCUACAGUACUACUGCCUCGACGGCGACCACAUGUGGGAGAAUGCCCUGAUCCUUAUUGCUUUAGUUUUCGGGUAUCGCGCGCUCGGUCUUCUGGCGCUGAUUGUGCUGAAUCGGCGGAAUUGA